AUGGCAAUCAUACCUGUGGUUGCCAAGCACCAAGGCAAGAAGUACGAUGUUGAGGUCGACACUGAUACCACUGGUCUCGACUUUAAGCUACAGAUUUAUUCAUUAACCGAUGUCGAACCCGAACGCCAAAAGAUCCUCGUCAAGGGUGGCCAGCUCAAGGAUGACGCCGACAUGAGCAAGCUCGGCCUCAAGGCCAACCAGGUCUUGAUGGUCAUGGGCACGCCCAGCGGUGGCACCGGCGAACUCGUACGCCCCAAGGACCAGAUAAAGUUUGUCGAGGACAUGACAGAGGCCGAACAGGCUCAGCAGGUCGGCGCCACUCCCGCUGGUCUGAUGAACCUGGGCAACACUUGCUACCUCAACUCGACCCUCCAGACUCUCCGCGCCAUCCCCGAACUCCAAGAUGCCCUCAAAGACUACAAUGGGAGCCAAUCAUCUGGUUUGAUGGCUGGCAUGUCGCAGAUGGAUCUGGCCUCUCAACUCGCUACACUUUACACGAGGAUGAGCGCUACGCAAGACCCAUUCCCUCCCAUGAAUUUCCUGAGUGCUCUGCGCGUUGUAUUCCCCCAGUUUGCUGAAAAGGCAAAGUCCAACAACGGUUAUGCGCAGCAAGAUGCAGAAGAAGCUUGGUCCCAAAUUGUGCAGCAGCUCGGCGAGAAGAUCCAGAUCAAGCAAGAGGGCGGCCCUAGCACCUCGUUUGUUCAAAAGUACAUGAGCGGCGAAUUCACCUCAUCUAUGGAAUGCGAUGAUGAAGACGCCAUUAAAGCAGGCGAGAAGGCAGUCGUCUCCAAGGAUCAUUUCACAAAGCUCAACUGCCACAUUGACGGCCAGACGAAUCACCUUCGCGACGGCAUCCUCGCUGCGCUCAGCGAGAAGAUUAACAAAAAUUCGGAAAUCCUCGGCCGAGAUGCGACAUACACGAAGCGAUCAAAAAUCUCUCGAGCCCCCAAAUACCUCACCGUUCACUUUGUUCGUUUUUUCUGGAAGCGCGAUACCCAGAAGAAGGCCAAAAUUAUGCGCAAGGUCACGUUUCCCCAAGAACUCGAUAUUGUCGAAUUCUGCUCCGAGGACCUGAAGAAGGCUCUUGUUCCGGUACGCGACAAGGUGCGUGAAGUACGCAAAGACGAAGAAGAUAUCGAGCGUGCCCGCAAGCGACGGAAGACGAACAACAACAAGGAUGACAUUGCUGGUGGCGCGGGUCUCCCUAGCGAGAGAGAAAUCAAGGAGAAGGAAAAGGCCGAGGCCGAGAGGCAGAAGCGGACCGGCGAGAAGCCAGCCGAGAAGUCAGCUGAUGGCGAUACCGAGAUGGGCGAGACGUACAAGACGGAUGCCGAGGUCGAGGCGGAGCAAGCUGCCGCUCUCCUCGGCGCCAAGAAGGAGCUGAAUGCCCUAAUUAACCCUGAGUUGCGGAAUGACGAUGGCGCCAACCAAUCUGGCUUGUAUGAGCUUCGCGGUGUCGUGACGCACCAGGGCGCCAGCGCUGACAGCGGUCACUACACCGCAUACGUCAAGAAGACUGCUCCCAUCGAUCCCAAGACUGGUCUCAAAGGUGAGGAGGACGGCAAUUGGUGGUGGUUCAAUGACGACAAGGUAUCGGAGGUGACGGUGGACAAGGUCGAGGCUCUAUCGGGCGGUGGCGAAUUCCACUCGGCGUUGAUUUUGCUGUACAAGGCCAUUGAUCUACCCAGUGUCGACGGACAGUAA